AUGAGUGCCGCGACAAAGAUCAUUACUCGGCCCUUGGGCAAAAAUGGCCCUCUGGUGCCGCGCAUCGGACUCGGCCUGAUGGGCUUGAGCGGCGCCCACGGCGUGCCCAGACCUGACUCUGAGCGACUCGCAUUCCUGGACAAGGCAUAUGAGAUGGGAGAGACCUUUUGGGAUACGGCCGACAUGUACAACGAUUCCGAAGACCUGCUGGGCAAGUGGUUCGCCGCCAACCCGGAGAAGCGCGGAUCCAUCUUCCUGGCCACCAAGUUCGGUUACCGGCGCAACGAAAAGGGCGAGCAUGGCAUCGACACGUCUCCCGAGUACGCCCGCCAGGCGAUCGAGAAGUCUCUCAAGCGGCUCGGGACCUCGUACGUGGACCUGUACUACCUGCACCGGCUCGACAAGGCGACGCCUGUCGAGAAGACAAUUGCCGCGUUGGCCGAGCUCAAGCGGGAGGGCAAGAUCCGGCACAUUGGGCUGAGCGAGUGCAGCGCGUCGGCCUUGCGCCGUGCCCACUCCGUCGAGCCCAUCUCGUGCGUGCAGAUGGAGUACAGUGCCUUCAGCCUGGACAUCGAGGCCCCCGAGCACGCGCUCCUGGCCACCGCUCGCGAGCUGGGCAUCGCCGUCGUGGCCUACAGCCCGCUCGGCAAGGGCAUGCUGGGUGGCGGCAUCCGGUCGGCCGAGGACGUGUCGAAGCCGGGCGACAUGCGCGCCGCUUUUGCUCCCCGCUUUGCCAAGGAGAACCUGGACGCCAACCUCGCCCUCGUCAACAAGCUGACCGAGAUCGCCGCCAACAAGGGCAUCACCACGGCACAGCUGGCCUUGGCCUGGCUGCUCGCCCAGGGUGACGACAUCUUCCCCAUCCCAGGCACCAGAAAUCCCGAGAGGCUAGCUGAGAACCUCGGCGCCCUGGAGGUGACGCUCACGGAAGACGAGGAGAAGGCCAUCCGGCAGCUUGCCGACAAGGUGGCGGGAUCGAGACUUGGCGCCAUCUUGACCGAUUACUACUUUGGUGACUCGCCGCCCUUGGAGGCUUAA